UUUUUUUCUUUGCCAACUGCUCAAUAAAAUAAACACUCACGAAGAAGAAAAAGCGGAAGUGGAACUGAAAACAUAGCUGCGCCCUAUGUGGGCACCACGGAAAGGACUUUUUACUUUUAUACUUUCCUGAAUAAGGUUUUGAUCGCGUAGUGCUCCAUUAGUAUGUGGACGAAUGUUAGGGCGUCGGGAGCCUUCCUGAAAAGCUUUAGUAAUGUCCUGCACUGUGGAAUGUGGAGAGAGUGGAGGGUGGGCACGCAGGGCUGGAAACUUAUGUCAUCAUCAUCAUCCACACUGCGAUGGAGGCUCCUGUUUUUUGGUACCGAUGAUUUCGCUGUGGAAUCUCUCAAACACCUAACAUCCAGCAGCAGGAAUUCCGCAGAAGGCUUAGUGGAGAAUCUGGAAGUUGUUACAUUGCCUGGCGACGUCCCAGUGAAGAGGUUUGCCCUGAAGAACAACAUCACACUCCACGCCUGGCCGCCCAACCUUACCCAAGGACAGUUUGACGUCGGUGUGGUCGUGUCUUUUGGCUGUUUGCUCCAUGAGAGACUUAUCAACAAGUUCCCAUACGGGAUAUUGAAUGUUCACCCCAGCCUGCUGCCCAGGUGGCGAGGUCCAGCACCCAUCUUCCACACCAUAAUGCACGGGGACACUGUAACAGGGGUCACCGUCAUCCAGAUCCGCCCUCACAAGUUUGACAUCGGCCCGAUUCUCAACCAGCAGCUCCAUCAGGUCCCAGAGAGCUGCACGGCCGAUGAGCUGGGAGCCGACCUGGCAACUAAAGGAGCCCAUCUGCUGAUCGAUACAUUGAAGAAUCUGCCCGAAAGGAUAGCAAACAAAAGGGAGCAGGGACAGACGGGUGCAACGUUUGCUCCCAAAAUAGGUGCAGGCCUGAGCUGGGUGGUGUGGGAGGAGCAGACCUGUGAGCAAAUCGCUCGCCUGUAUCGCGCCAUUGGAUCCCGGAUACCUUUAAGGACUGUGUGGAUGGGCCAAACGAUGAAACUUCUGAAUUUUGUGGGUAAAUGUCACAUAUCGGAUCCAAGAAAAGUGCCCAUCCCUGGUUCUGUGUGUUACCAGAAGGAGUCCAAUACACUGGCUGUCUGCUGUAAGGAUGGCUGGGUCGGGUUCAAGGCGGUGCUCCUGAAAAAAAGGCUGUCAGCUGCUGACUUCUACAACGGCUACCUGCAUCACACGCCCCUGAGAAACACGCCUGAUCAGACAGCUGAGGGACACUUCUUCAGUGGAAAAGAUGGAACUAAAGACAUUCAAAAGAGAAAGAACUCAACCUUACGAUAGAAGAGCCAUGUUCUUGUUUGAUAUAUAGGCUUGGAAAUCAUAUGGGCUGAAUUUCUUUCAUUCAUUUGAUGCACUUUUUUGUUAAAGUGACAUCACCUUGUAUAGUUAAUUUAUUGUACAAAUGUGUUCAAUACUUCUUAUAAAUAAAUGAAGUAUUAAUUAACAGAUUUCUUUUGGCAUCACCCCUAACCGUUUCCAAACAGGAAGAUGAGAAAGCCCCCCCAAAAAAGACAGUCUGUAUUGUCAUAUAUUUCUCACACAGUUUCCUAAACUUGUUUAUAUAUAUAUAUAUAUAUAUACAGGGGUUGGACAAUGAAACUGAAACACCUCUCAGUUUAGUGUGGGAGGUUUCAUGGCUAAAUUGGACCAGCCU